GGCCGGAAGUUUCCUGCUGGAGGACCGGGAAGUAGCUGAAGACUGGGCGAUGGCAGUUUUGGAGGCCUCGCUCUGGGGCAGACCCGAGGCUACUGUGCCCCCGCGGUAGACUGGACCUGGGUGGCGGGCUUCGGAGUCCCGAGGGAUGGAGGGAUCUAAGACUUCCAACAGCACCAUGCAGGUGAGCUUCGUGUGCCAGCGUUGCAGCCAGCCCCUGAAACUGGACACGAGCUUCAAGAUUCUGGACCGUGUUACCAUCCAGGAGCUCACAGCUCCAUUACUUACCACAGCCCAAGUGAAACCAGGAGAGACCCAGGAGGAAGAGGCUAACUCAGGAGAGGAGCCAUUUAUUGAAACUCGCCAGGAUGGUGUCUCUCGAAGAUUUAUCCCUCCAGCCAGGAUGAUGUCUACAGAAAGUGCCAACAGCUUCACUCUGAUCGGGGAGGCAUCUGAUGGAGGCACCAUGGAGAACCUCAGCCGAAGAUUGAAGGUCACUGGGGACCUUUUUGACAUCAUGUCGGGCCAGACAGAUGUGGAUCACCCACUGUGUGAGGAAUGCACAGAUACUCUUUUAGACCAGCUGGACACUCAGCUCAACGUCACUGAAAAUGAGUGUCAGAACUACAAACGCUGUUUGGAGAUCUUAGAGCAAAUGAAUGAGGAUGACAGUGAACAGCUACAGAUGGAGCUAAAAGAGCUGGCAUUAGAGGAGGAGAGGCUGAUCCAGGAGCUGGAAGAUGUGGAAAAGAACCGCAAGAUAGUGGCAGAAAAUCUUGAGACAGUCCAGGCUGAGGCUGAGAGACUAGAUCAGGAAGAAGCUCAGUACCAGAGGGAAUACAGUGAAUUUAAACGACAACAGCUGGAGCUGGAUGAUGAGCUGAAGAGUGUAGAAAAUCAGAUGCGUUAUGCCCAGAUGCAGCUGGACAAGCUGAAGAAAACUAAUGUCUUCAAUGCAACCUUUCACAUCUGGGAAGAUUCCUGUAUCCAUUUCUGUUUGCAUCUCCAUUCUAGGUAUCGACUUGUUCCUUAUGGAAACCAUUCAUAUCUGGAGUCUCUGACAGACAAAUCUAAGGAGUUGCCUUUAUAUUGUUCUGGGGGGUUGCGAUUUUUCUGGGACAACAAGUUUGACCAUGCAAUGGUGGCUUUCCUGGACUGUGUGCAGCAGUUCAAAGAAGAGGUUGAGAAAGGCGAGACACGUUUUUGUCUUCCUUACAGAAUGGAUGUGGAGAAAGGCAAAAUUGAAGACACAGGAGGCAGCGGUGGCUCCUAUUCUAUCAAAACCCAGUUUAACUCUGAGGAACAGUGGACAAAGGCUCUCAAGUUCAUGCUGACGAAUCUUAAGUGGGGUCUUGCUUGGGUAUCCUCACAAUUUUAUAACAAAUGACUUUUUUCCUUAGGGGGAUGUUUGCCUUAAAGGCUUUAAAUUUUGUUUUGUUUGCAAAAAUGUUUUAAAUUAAAUUCAAGUAAUAUUAAACAGCACAUGUUUACAAUACCAAAAAAAGGAAAAAAAUCCACAAAAGCCACUUUAUUAUUUUAAAAUAUCAUAUGACAGUUUCCAGAACUACAAUAUGCUAUGUAUAGCUACCAGCUUUUGUCAUAGUUUUGACUCUUAACCCCUUGCCUUUUUCCCCUAAAAACUAAUUUAAGUUUGCUUUUGUUUUUCUUUUUUUUUUUUUUUUAACUGAGUUGAAUUGAAAUCAGUGUUUUCACUGGAUUUUAUCUUUCUCAACUUCCUGCACUUACAAUAUGAAAUAGAAAACUUUUGUCUCCACUGAGAUGAUAUGUUUGAGACACACAGUUGGAUAACGUGGGAAAAUGACAUCUAAGCUUUGCCUGGUUGCCAUGUGAUGUGAUCAGAAGCUUGAAAUUUAACACUUCUCACUUGGUUCUAGUACUGAAUGCCUUCUCUGCUCUGUCUUAGAGAUAUGAAAUGGUGUUUGAUACUGUUUGAGACAUUAUGGAGAGAUUUAAUUAUUUGUAAUAAAAGAUUUGCUACAGUCUGAUAACUGCC